AUGGCAGAAUUUGCAGACAAUGUUGCCUUUAUCGGCCUCGGCGCCAUGGGGUACGCCAUGGCAAAGAACAUCCGUAAAAAGAUGUCGCCAGCAGGAACACUGUACAUUUUUGAUAUUUUUCGCAGUGCGUGCGAACGAUUCUACGAUGAGAUGCAAGCCUGUGGCCCGACUGUAAUCGCAGACUCGCCUAGGGAGGCAGCUGAAUUAUCCAGCACUGUGGUUUCCAUUGUCCCUGGAGCGGACGAAGUGCGCCAGGUGUUUCUCGACACUGCGACUGGAGUUAUCGCCGCGCGUAGCAAUCCUGAGCGGCUGAUUUUUGAAUGCAGUACCAUUGAUUCCCAAUCUACUCAGGCAGUUGGAGAGGCGCUCCUGGUCCGGGGAACGGGGAUAUAUGUCGAUACCCCUGUCUCCGGUGGAGUUCCUGGUGCAGAGUCUGGAACACUAUCCUUCUUAAUCGGGCACAGCAAACCCUCCGAUACAAACCCUAUCUCCCAUCGUCUAGAGAAGGUUGCGUCCAUGAUGGGCGAUCCAAAGAAAUUCUUCUAUUGCGGAAAGCUAGGUGCCGGACUGGCAGCUAAAAUCAGUAACAACUAUCUAUCCUGUUCUGUUUUGCUGGCCGUUGCGGAGGCCAUGGCUAUUGGGACUAGAUCGGGCAUCGACGAGAAACUCCUGCACCAGGUGAUACACCAUUCGACUGGGCAAAACUUCAUGGCCGACAAUGUCCAGCCCGUUCCGGGGGUUGUGCCCGAUGCACCCAGUAGCAAUAAUUAUAGAUUGGGGUUCAAGACGCAAAUGAUGAUUAAAGACCUCGGCUUGGCUGUGCAGGCUGGGUAUGCGACGGGGAUUGAACCUACUAUUGCAGAGGCUGCUCUUCGCGUGUACGAGAAGGCAGCUGUCGAUCCGCGGUGCAUUGAUCGCGACGGAUCGUCGGUUUAUCUUCACAUUACAGACCCUCCCCAAAAACCUACUGAAUAA